AUGGUGAGCUGGGCUUCUUAUAUCAAAACAAUCACCAUCCAAGGCUUCAAGUCGUAUCGUGAUCAGGUAGCGGUGGAUCCCUUCUCUCCGGGCCACAAUGUCAUUGUUGGGCGAAAUGGUAGUGGAAAGUCCAACUUCUUCUCUGCAAUCCGUUUCGUCCUGUCCGAUCAGUAUACACAGAUGGGCAGAGAAGAGCGUCAACGUCUACUGCACGAGGGUACAAGCACGAGUACGACUUUGGCGGCGUACGUCGAGAUAGUCUUUGAUAACACCGAUGGUCGCUUCCCUACUUCCACGGCCGAGGUCAGACUCCGGCGGACUAUCGGUCUCAAGAAGGACGAAUACUCGCUGGAUAAGAAGAGCGUCACCAAGGCGGAAGUCAACAAUCUGCUGGAAAGUGCGGGGUUCUCAAAGAGUAACCCGUACUAUAUCGUCCCUCAGGGUCGAAUCACCCACCUCACCAAUAUGGGCGAUAAGGAACGGCUCAACUUGCUGAAGGAAGUCGCCGGGACGAAGGUGUAUGAGCAGAAGCGUCAGGAGUCUACGAAGAUUAUGGAGGAGACCUCUGCCAAGACGGCAAAGAUCACCGAGCUCCUCGACUCCAUUGAAGCAAGACUGAACGAGCUCGAGACGGAGAAGGAAGAGUUGAAGGAGUAUCAAGAGAAGGAUAGGGAUAGGCGGUGUUUGGAGUAUGCGCUGCAUAAUAAGGAGCUGCAGGAGGUCAAUGGCGCGUUGGAACAGCUGGAUAAUGAACAUCGGUCUGAACAGCAUAACAUCAAUGUGCGGCAGGAAGAGUUCAACACUCAGCAGGAUCAAAUACAGGCUUACGAAGAUACCCUCACUACUGCCAACCAUGCCCUCUCCACCUCCACCAUUGCCCUCCGCCAAUACGAGUCCGAAAUAGCCGAUCUCGUCCGCACGCGAACCGAAAUCGAGUGUGAAAUUGCCGACUUCAAGGCAUCGCAAGAAGGUGGAGAGGAGAGGCGGCAGGAGUUCACAAAGGAGCUCAAGAAGCUGGAGGCGCGGAUCGCAACGGCGGAUGCGGAGCUGGAGAAGCUGGGGACUGAGCUGGACCGGCGGACGGAAGAAGAGAAGACAGCCAAGUUAGCACUCCAAAAUACCCAGUCUCAACUUUCGGUCCUCUACGCCAAACAAGGCCGCUCGCAGCUCUUCACCACACAAGCCGAUCGCGACAAGUUCCUCAAGGAUGAAAUCAAGUCUUUGAAGGCGCACGAGGAGGCGCAAGGGAAGCAGGUCGCGGUAUUGGAGAAGGAAGUGGAUAAUGCGGAUGCGGCGCUGAAGGACGUCAUGGUGAGGAGUAGGGAGCAGGAUGAAGAGGAGGAAGCGCGGAGGGCGACGUUGAAGAAGAUGAGCGAUGAAGUUGCGGAGGGGAAGAAGCGGAUGGAUAGCAUGCAAGAGGAGAGAAAGGAUCUUUGGCGAGAAGAUGGAAAGCUGGGCGGAAGCGUCGCCAGUGCCAGGCAAGAGAUGGAUGCUGCUGAGCGAGGAUUGUCGGGUGUGAUGGACCGGGAUACCAGCAACGGUCUUCGAUCAGUCCGGGCAGUCGCCAAGCGCUUGAAGCUGGACGGGGUCUUUGGUCCCCUCUAUGACCUCUUUGAGGUGUCGGAUCGAUACAAGCAGGCCGUCGAGAUUACCGCAGGAACCAGUCUCUUCCAGGUCGUGGUCGACAAUGACGAGACGGCGAGCAAGAUCCUCGAGGUGAUGAACAAGGAGAAGCUCGGGCGGGUCACCUUCAUGCCGCUCAACCGACUCCGGAGCGUCAAUAUCCAGAUGCCGAAGGGGCAUGACGCGGUGCCGUUGCUGAGCAAGCUGAAGUUCGAGCGAAUGUACAGCUUGGCAUUUGAGCAGGUGUUCGGUCGUACGAUUGUCUGCGAAGAUCUCGCCACUGCUGCCCAGUAUACCAGGUCCCACGGUGUCAACGCCGUGACUGUCGAAGGUGAUCGUGUCGAUCGCAAAGGCGCCCUGACUGGCGGUUUCCACGACGUCAAGAGGUCCCGACUCGACAUGAUCAAAACGCUCAAAAAGUGGCGCGAGGCCUUCGAGACCGACAGCGCGCGGCACAAAGAGGUCAAGGACGGACUCGCCAAGAUUGAUCAGAGCAUCACCAAGGUCGCCGGUGAAAUCCAGGUCCUCGAAGCCAAGCGUCGCCAGGCACUCGACGUCCGCGCGAGAUUCGCCAACCAGAGCCAGUGGACGAAGAAGGAGGAAGAUCAGCUUCGGGCUCGAUUGGAGUCCCUUCAGUCGCAAUUGGCGUCGGCGGUGGCGGAGCUCAAGGCGGCAGAAGUCAAGCGGAAGGCGGACGAGGCGGAGCUCAAGACGCCCAUGACGCAGACCUUGACGGCUGCGGAGCUGGUUAGUCUGGCGACGCUCGGUACGGCGCUGGAGGGUCAGAAGAAGACGCUGAUGGAUACCUCGCUGGCGCGGGCGAAGGCAGCGAGCGAGAAGAGCAAGUUGGACAUCGAGCUGUCGGAGAAUCUGAGGAGGAAGCGAGAGGAGUUGAGGGGUAAGGUGGAUCAGGUGGAAGGGGAUGCUGGGGCGGGGAUGCAGGCGAGCGAGGUGGCGGGGAAGGAGGCAGAGUUGAAGGGGCUGGCUAGGUCGAUCGAGGACUUGACGGCGCAGGUCAAGGACUCCGAGAAGCGCGUCGAGGAGCUCACCGCUGAGAUCUCGGACGUUACCGCCAAGCUCGACGAGGUCAACAAUGAGCAGAUUGAGUCGGGUCGGGCCAUGCUCCGGAUGACGAAGAACAAUGAGCGGUACCUCGCCAAGAAGCAGACGAUCAGCAGUCGGCGGGACGAGUGCCAGAAUGCCAUCAGGGAUCUGGGUGUUCUGCCAGAAGAGGCAUACAACAAGUACACCGAGGCAAGGGCGGACAAGCUCGUCAAGAAGCUGCACAAAGUCAACGAGUCGCUCAAAAAGUUUGCACACGUCAACAAGAAGGCGUUCGAGCAGUACAGCAGCUUUACGAAACAGCGAGACGAGCACACUACCCGUCGAGAGGAGCUGGAAGCUAGUGCGGACAGUAUCCAGGAGCUCAUCGAGACGCUCGACCAGCGGAAAGACGAGGCGAUCGAGCGGACAUUCAAGCAGGUCAGCAAGUACUUUGAGGAGGUGUUUGAGACGCUGGUCCCGGCUGGGAAGGGGUUGUUGGUCAUGCAGAAGAAGGCGGACGGGUACAUUGAGGACGACUCGCUCGACCCGAAUCCCGACAAGGAGCGGAGCGAGAUUGACAAUUAUACCGGGAUUUCCAUCCGGGUCUCGUUCAACUCCAAGGCGGACGAGGGACAGCGGAUCCAACAGUUGUCAGGGGGGCAGAAGUCGCUCGUAGCGCUCGCGACAGUCUUUGCUAUCCAAAAGUGCGACCCAGCUCCUUUCUACCUGUUCGACGAGAUCGAUGCCAACCUCGAUGCUCAGUACAGGACAGCGGUAGCUGCCAUGAUACAUACCCUCUCCACCUCUGCUCAAUUCGUCACCACGACUUUCCGUUCCGAAAUGCUCGCCCAGGCAGACAAAUUCUACGGUGUCUACUUUGACCGGCAAAAGGUGUCGACUAUUGCUACUAUCGAGCGGGAGGAGGCGUACGAGUUUGUGGAGAAUGCUGCGCAGGUAGGGGGGCUCUGA